AGUGAUGUAUUUAGAUACGAAAUAAUUUGAGGUUGUUUUAUUUAUUCUUUAUUUAUAGUAUUUUACCAUUAUUUUUAUAUGAAAUAUGCCUUCACACUUAAUAUGGUUAAAAGUCUCAACUAUAAACGUGCCAUAAUUUUCUUGGUGAUAGGAGUGCAAUAACAGCUAUCGUUAUGGAUAACGUAACAGAAAAAUUGUUUCAAUGUUUUGGACAUCGAAAGUUCAAAAGUGAACUUCAAGAGCGUGCAAUUAGGGCUAUAGCUAGAGGAGUUCAUGAUGUAUAUGUAUCAAUGCCAACUGGAUCUGGCAAGUCACUGUGCUUCCAGCUACCAGCCAUGUUGCAAGACAACAAAGUUGCAAUUGUAUUCUCUCCCCUUCUGGCACUCAUCAAAGACCAAAUCGAUCACCUCUCCAAAAUUAAAAUUACUGCAGAAUCUAUCAACUCUAAAAUGACAUCCAAAGACAGGGAGAGAGUUCUUAAUGAUUUAAGGAGCAUGAAACCCAACACAAGGUUUUUAUAUGUCACACCCGAACAGGCUGCAACUGGCACAUUUAAAUCUCUUUUGGAGCACCUUGUUAAAUAUAAGAAAGUCUCGUAUAUAGUUGUAGAUGAAGCUCAUUGUGUGAGUGAGUGGGGACAUGACUUCAGACCUGAUUAUUUGAAAUUAGGUGAUCUCAGAGAACAAUAUAAAAGUGUACCAUGGGUUGCUCUCACAGCCACAGCAAGUGCUGAAGUGGCAAAGGACAUACUGUCUAAUCUCAAGCUGUUACUACCUGUUGCACAAUAUAAAACACCAAGUUUCAGAAGAAACCUGUUCUAUGAUGUAGUAUAUCAAAACUGUAUUGAUGAUGAGGUGGGCCAUUUAAUGGAAUUCUUAAAAAAAAGCCUCAAGGAAGAUGAAAAUGUGAAACCUAAAGAUAAAAAUGCAGUUAUUGUUUAUUGUCGAACACGGGAACAAACUGAAGAUUUAGCUAACAUGUUAUGUAAAAGGGGUCUAAUGUCUUUAGCUUAUCAUGGAGGUUUGAAAUCUGGGGAUCGUAUAACUGUACAAGAGAGAUGGUCACGGGGUGAAGUCCCGUGCGUGUGCGCCACCGUAUCGUUCGGCAUGGGCGUCGACAAAGCGAGUGUACGCGCAGUCGCGCAUUGGGGCAUCGCGCAGAAUGUCGCUGCUUACUAUCAAGAAUCUGGCAGAGCUGGUCGUGACGGAAAACCUGCUUUCUGUCGCAUUUACUACUGCCGCAGCGAGCGCAAUGCUGUCGACUUUCUUCUCAAAUCGGAAGUAGGGCGAUGUAAAACUCCAGAACAAAAAAAUCGGUGUAAGGUCGCUUAUAAAAGUUUUGAAAUAAUGGUGAAAUACUGCGAAGAGAUCAAGUGUCGGCACAAAGUAUUCGCGGAAUACUUCGGCGAGGAGAUCCCGAAGUGCGGCGGGCGCUGCGACGUGUGCGCGGACGAGCGCAACGUGCGGCGCGCGCUGGACCAGCACCAGCGCCGCGCCUCCUCCGCGCAGCUGCGCUCCGGCGGCCUCGUCGUCAGCCAAGACGUGUCCGACCUCUAUGGGGAAGGCCGACAAGGCCAGAAGAGAGAAGCGGAGUCUUACUACGGCGGCGGAGGUGACAGUGGCGAUUCCGACGGCGAAAGUAGUCGACGUCGCAUAGCACAGGAAACCAAAUCGCUUAUAAUGCAAGAGUUCGCCAACAGAAAGAAACGCACGGAGGAUAAGAAAUCUAGUAUCGACGCAGAAUCUGCUAAGAAUUCCAAAUGCAAAGCAGCUCAGAGUACGGCUAAUAAGGUAACCGGAUUAACAGUAUCAAGCCGCGAUGGCUACCUUACAUUAUUGACCGAUGCUCUGAGUAACAACUUUUAUAGCACAAAGGAUCGCGACAAUUUUGAUAAGCCCCUUUCUAGACUGGACAUAGAACAGUGCGCAAUAGAACUAGAAUACGAAGCCUUCUCUAAUAGCACAGUCAUCAGUUUGUAUAGAAGGGCUAUGUCGAAACUGAUAGCAUCUAUAAAAGCUUGCAAAGAUGAAAUUUAUCCCCAACUGAAAAGUUUCGAUGUGAAUAAAUAUGAAGCUACUCGUGAAUUAGAACGGGUACAAAACAAUAAUGGUUUUAUCACAGCAUCACAAUUAGAUAUGGAAAAUAAAAAUGAAGCACGAAAGUUAUGUAAAGCAGACAAUGAAUCAAAAAGGAAAGCAAAUUCUUUCAGGAGGGAUCCCUUAACACAAACAAAACUAAAAAACUUUUUUAAAACAGCAUCAGUUGAAUCUCCUGAGACUACUUCACACGAAAGUGAUAAUGACGGUCUCGUAAUUGAUGACAAUGAUGAAGACAGUAAAAGUAGUGUUAUUAACGAUCGAAGUAACAGUAACGAUACAACACUCAAAUUAAAAGAAAUAAGUGGCGAAGUUGUAGAUAAAAAUGAAAAUACUCACACUAUUGUUGACCAUGUAAAGUCUAUAGAUUCAAAAACUUUUGUUAUAAAUAUAACACUAAAAGGUAUACCAAAUAAACAUAAAGAAGAUUGCAAUGUUGAUAAGGAACAAGAAGAUAUAAGACACAGGAAUGUAAAAGUAAAAGACGAAACGAAAACAGAUUGCAAGAUAUCCAAAAGUAAAGCUCCUUCAAAACGAAAGAUUAAAGCUCUUUUUGGUGAGUCUUCUGACAGCGAAGAUGAAAGAAACAUAUCAAAGAAAAUUAAAGUAACGGAUCGUGAUAAAGGACACCAUAAAAAGAAAAAAAUGUCCAAAGUAAAUGAUAGCGCCAAGGAACCGAACCAAGAAUCAACAAAGAAGCAAGAUACUUCCGCGGAAUCAGCAUCCCUAUUUGGUCAGUCGGAUGAUGAAUCUGAAAAAGAAUUAGUGAUAGAUGAUGGUACUGAUUUAACAGUGAACAAAAGUGGGGAAGAGACGUUGAUUAUAAGUGAUACAAAAAAUGAUCAAAAUACAAGUGAUUCCAUUGAAUCGAAAAACGAUAGGGAUACUUCUUCUAAUGAAAAUAAACAGAGUUUUUCUUCAGACUCGCUACUCGUAGAGGGGGAUGAUGCAAAUUUGAACAAAGCUCGUAAAUUGAGCCUUGAAGCUGACGCUGUUUUACAAAAAUUACAAAUGUUUAAAGAUCUGCCACCCGAACCAGAACCUGUUGAAAAACAGCUUGACAUUGAUACCACUCAAGAAAUUCUUAGCAUAAAGUCUUCCCCAUCACCAUCUAAACAUAAGGACAAAUCUUUGAAUGUUUCUAAACACAAACUUAGUUUAAGUAAGAAAAGUAAAGAUGAAAGAAAAUCUAGAGAAGGUAAAAGCGAUAAACAUAGAUCAGAAAAACCACAUCGUAAAGAGAGUAAACAUAAGAGCAAAAGUGACGCGAAUAAAAAGAAUGAAACUACUACAAAGAAAGCAGAAAAAGUGGACCUUGCUGGACUUGUGGUUAAAUUGCUCAUGCCGUAUUAUAAGAAGAAAAAAAUAAGCAGUCGUGAUUUGUUCAAGACUACUGCACGACAUAUUGUUCAUCAAUUACUGGCUAUACAAGUUACGGAAGAAGCGGCUAUUGACUUGUUGUUAAAGAAAACAUUUGGAAAAGAGUUUAAAAUAGAGAACGAGAGUGAUCUAGUUGUUAAGUUAAAUUUGAGUAAUGUUGUAUAAUAAAUAAUUUAUUAAGUUUGAAUGCCUUAUCAAUAAUAUUAUUGUUAUUCUUGUACACAUGCAUAAUUAAUUAAAUGACAAGGAAAGUUUAAACCUG